AGAUAACGCCAACCCAUGAACAAAUUAGACUUGGUUAUUAACCAGACCCACCGCUGCAUACUCUUUAUGUGGAUUCCAAAGGUGUAUUUGAGGAUUAGAUAAUAAGGUAUAGAGUUGGGAACAAUGACAAUAGCUUUGCUACUGCCUCCUGCACUUUCUGCUUCUUUCUUGAACAAGAAAUGCCACUGUGGUUCUAAUCUCAAGCAAUUCAAAGUCAGAGCUAUCAAGGAGAAAGCAGAAGAAAUCAAACCCAUAUCUUCUGUUGAGGAGGUUACCAAGAAUUAUGGCCUUGAAGCUGGUCUUUGGAAGAUAUUCAGUUCAAAAGAGGAAGGAAAGGAAGAAGGUGAGAAGAAAUCGAAGGGGGAUCAAGCAAAAGAGCUUCUAGCUAAAUAUGGAGGAGCAUACCUGGCCACUUCCAUUACUCUUUCACUCAUUUCUUUUUCGCUCUGUUAUGUACUGAUUAGCGCUGGCUUUGAUGUUCAAUCUUUGCUGCAGAAGGUAGGAAUCUCGGCUAAUGCGACUGGGGAGAAAGUAGGGACCUUUGCCUUGGCAUAUGCAGCACACAAGGCUGCCUCUCCUAUAAGGUUUCCUCCUACAGUAGCUCUCACUCCCAUUGUUGCCGGUUGGAUCGGAAAGAAAGUUGAGAAAGAGAAAUAACUUACAUUGGCCGCGAGUCCAGGGCUAACGAAGUCUGGUGUAAUUGCAGGGCAUCUUCUGUAUCAAACAGAUUUUCCUUUGUAGAUUCUGAGUUGCCUGUAAUGGCUGGAAAAACUGGUAGUGUUAAAUGAUAUCCAAACUAUAGGUGCUUCCUUGUAUAAGAAUCCACAACCAUUUUGCACUA